CUGCCUUGGUUAAUCACCUGACCUUCAUGAUUGCAGGGAUAAGGUAGAUGCACUCUAUGAAGACUUGAGCCAGCUGGGAAGUCGCGGGGCCUUGGACCAGUUGCACAGGGAGAGGUUUAUGAAGGAGUUUCCUCGGGUGAAACAGGACCUUGAGAAACGCAUACGAAAACUCUAUGCACUUGCGGAUGAGGUUGACAAGGUGCACAGGGACUGCACCAUCACCCAAGUGGCGGCCUCUACCACCGGUGUUGUGUCUGACAUUCUGAACAUUGUUGGCCAGUCUCUGGCACCUGUGAAUGCAGAGGCUAGUCUGGUGCUCUCGGCAACUGGGAAGGGACUGGGGGCAGCAGCUGCUGUGACCAGUGAGAUAGCCAGCUUCAUUCAAGACUUUGAAAACAAGUCAGCCGAAGAGGAAAUCAGUAGCCUAGUGUCAACUGGCAGCAACAAAUGGAAGGUGUUUGAGGACGUUGUACGUCACAGGAAACCCCAAGCUGAUGUCUUAGCAAGGAAGUGCUUCCAAUCCCUGCAAGACAUUGUGAACAAUGCCGAAGCCUGCAAGGUGGCCAGUACCAAACCCCGGUUAACAGCCGAGGCCGAGAGCUUCCUGCGCACGGGGGCAACCUCAGACGAAAGGAGCGCGCAGCUGCAGCAAUAUUUUGGAGGCACUGCGCUGGCCAUGACCAAGGAAGCCAGGAUGAAAGAUAUAGCCACUUCCGGUUUAUCCUUAAUGAAGGAUACCUUCAGCCUUGUGCAGGAGUCAAGGCGCUUGCAUAAGGGGCCCAAGACACAAUUGGCUGAAGAGUGGAGGCAGCAGGCCCAGGAGCUGGAGGGAUGGCUGGGGGAACUCAGCCACAUACACAACAUUGUACAGAAGGCAGAGCUGGAGCGGCGCAGUAAGCUGGUCCGCAAGGAGAUAGCGGAGAUCGUCAGGUCCAAGGACGACGUAGGCACGAGUGUGCGUGAGCGGAAGAAGUCAAAGCGGACCCUGGAGCAGCAGGUGGAGAAGAUGAAGACCCAGAUGGAGGAGCAGGAGGAUGAGCUUCAGGCCACCGAGGAUGCCAAGCAGGGGAACCUGCAGGCCAUGAGGGCCCAGUUCAAGCGGGACCUGCAGGGCGGGGACGAGCAGAGCGAGGAGAAGAAGCAGCAGCAGCUGGUCAGACAGGUGCGGGAGAUGGAGGCAGAGCUGGAAGACGAGAGGAAGCAGCGCUCACUGGCAGUGGCCGCUAGGAAGAAGCUGGAGCUGGACCUGAAGGACCUGGAGGGCCGCCUGGACUCAGCCAACAAGAACCGCGACGAAGCCAUCAAACAGCUGCGGAAGCUGCAGGCCCAGAUGAAGCACUACAUGCGCGAGCUGGAUGACACGCGGGCCUCCCGCGAGGAGAUCCUGGCGCUGGUCAAGGAGAACGAGAAGAAGCUGAAGAGCAUGGAGGCCCAGAUGAUUCAGCUGCCAGAGCUGAAACCUGAGGCAGACAGUCUGGGCUGUGCGGAGAAGGACCUGGGAGGUCAGACCUGGGGUAGGACGUCAGCAGGUACCUUGGACCCAAAAGGUGUUUGUGCAGACACAGCUGCCGAGUGGAUGUGCACAGCUAAGAACAAGUGGGUCUUGUCUUUAAUCUUCCAGAGGGAGAUUCUAGGACAAGGGGACUGUCACUUGGCUUGGAGUGGGCUGGAGUGA